AUGUAUGCAAGGAUUGUUUAUACUGGACUGCUGCACCUUACUUUGGCAGUCUUGGUUAGUGUCCCAUGCUCUUUCGGUGUUGUUUCUGCGAGUGGAGCAUUUUCUGAUGAUGUUAGCAAUAUUCUCAACUUUGUUCAAGAUGCAGUAGGCAAUAUUCAGGACUAUGUUGGGGAACAGUCAGGUUGCAGAUAUACUUGCCCUAAUGGAUCAAAGCCCAAACGAAGGAAAAACCAUAUACCAUCUACUAACGGCUGUGGAUCCUUUGGUUUUCAGCUUGAGAAGUACAUAUCAGUCAAAGAGCUAACCAGUUGUUGCGAUGAACAUGACAUCUGCUAUGAUACCUGCAACAACUCUAAAGAAACUUGUGAUAAUGCAUUUAAAAUAUGCUUGGAGAAGCUGUGCCAGUCAAUUAGGAAAGCUGUAAAAAAAGAUGUAUAUGAAGUUUGUGUCUCUACUGCUGACAUGAUGUAUGCUGGAACUGUAGCUCUAGGAUGCAAACCUUACAAGGAUUGCCAAAAGAAGGCCUGUACUUGUGACUCUAAGACAUCACAGAACAUACACGUGGAAUUGUAA